GCUGUGAUUGGCUGAUAGCUUAGAAUCAACAUUUUUAUUUUGGGGCCGUCCCCGGUUUGUGCACGCGGAGUUGUAUACAUCUCUGAACCAUAAACCCGCGUGCACUUUUCAGCACCAGCACGGCGUGGAAAGCAGCCCCCACGGUUGUGCGACUCCAUCGUUGCAUUCUCAGGGAUUCUUUAUUGUUCGGCUGAACGGCGUGAAGACCCCACGCCACGCAACCAGUUUUGUUUGCUUGCCUUCGAACGUAAUAAGUGCCGGGAGGCUGUAUUUCGGUUGAAAGCGGCAGUAUUGUGGUUUACUGGGACUAAAUGGCCACAAAUGACGGCGAACAAAGCUGAAACAAGAAUAUUCCUCCGAGCUGGUGCUGCGAUUUAGUGGCGGUCCUCUUCAGUAGUCGCGCCAGGUCUCCAUUGUGUGAGCAUCCCGGUGCUAUUUUCCACUGCCGCCAACCCCCGGAGCCCCUCACGCGCGGAUCAGCUACAACUCUUUCGGACUUGUUUUUUUGUUCAUUGGGAACCACAAGCCUUCCGAAAAUGUGCUCCCGUCUUUGGUUCGUGACCGACCGGCGUAUCAGCCAGGAGUACCCCCAAGUUCAGAUCCUCCGGGCAUUGAAGGAGCGCUGCGCCGAGGAGGAUGUAGAAUUCCGCUCUCUUCUCAUGGAUCAAAUCGUGCUCACCAUCAGCGAGGGACAAUUGGGCCUGCAAGUGGACCAAGAAACAGUGACAUCAUAUCCACAAGUGGUGGUGGUCCGGGUGCCCACGCCAUGGGUGCAGUCAGACAGUGACAUUACCGUGUUGCGCCACCUGGAGAAGAUGGGAUGUCGACUCAUCAACCGUCCUCAAGCUAUACUCAACUGUGUCAACAAGUUCUGGACCUUUCAGGAGCUUGCUGGCCAUGGCGUACCUUUGCCUGACACCUUCUCCUAUGGAGGGCAUGACAACUUCCGAAAAAUGAUUGACGAGGCAGAGCCGCUUGGCUACCCAGUGGUAGUGAAGAAUGCACGUGGCCACAGAGGCAAAGCCGUGUUCUUGGCACGGGACAAACACCACCUGACAGACCUGUGCCACUUGAUCCGCCACGAGACCCCCUACUUGUUUCAGGAGUAUGUCAAGGAGUCACAUGGCCGUGAUGUCCGGGUGGUCCUGGUGGGUGGCCGGGUCAUCGGCUCCAUGCUACGCUGUUCCACCGAUGGACGUAUGCAGAGCAACUGCUCCCUAGGUGGUGUGGGAAUGAUGUGCCCACUGAACGAGCAAGGCAAGCAGCUGGCCACAGAGGUGUCAAAUAUCCUGGGCAUGGACGUGUGCGGCAUUGACCUUCUGCAGCUUAACGAAGGUUCCUUUGUAGUCUGCGAGGCCAAUGCCAACGUGGGCUUCAUUGCCUUCGACCAGGCCUGUGGUAUGGACGUGGCGGGCAUCGUGGCCGACUACGCCCUGUCUAUGCUCCCCAACCGCCUCACCCGCAAGAUGUCCCUGUUGUCAGUUGUGUCGAGCACCAGCGAAACCAGCAGUGAGCCUGAGGUGUGCCCUCUGCCCCCGAGCAGCGGCUCCCUGCCCGAGGCUGUCUGCAACAUGAGCGUGGGCUCCACCUCCAGUGAGAGCGACCCUGAGCUGGCGGAGCCUUCCCAGUCACCCCCCUGCCAAGCAUCAGCUCCGGUUCUCCCCGACCCAGCCUACAACUUCAACACACUUCUCGCCAACGAGAUCAAGCUAUUGACUGAGUGAGGGGCAAGCCGCCUGCAUGCACCAGCAAACACACACGCCUGUAUGCAUAGCUACAUACAUAUGACCAUUCAUACAAUGAUAAAUACAAAAACAAAACCAGAGACACAGCCACAGCAAACAUGAAACCACAAUUCUUCCUGAUACUAACUCCCUUGAAAAGAUCUGAGGCUGCUCCCCUGACUCGACUUCCUAACCCCCCUUCGUACUUUGUCACUUGAAGUCCACAGUUCUUUGGUGGAUUUAGGAGUAUACUCAUAAAAUAACACUUGGGGGAGUUAGUUGGUUUUUGGUCUUUAAAAAGGUUAGUCUGUCAGAGCUUAUCAUUCAGUGACACUGGAACCUCCAAAGUUAUUCUGUGACAGUAGUUGACUUCCAAGUUCUUGUUUUUUAUUCCCUGUUGAAAACACAGCAGUAAAGUAAACUACAAACCCUUUUAAGAUGCCUGACGUAAUAUAAAGGGAACAUGAAGGUGUUGUGCGUGUGGGGAAAAAAAUGCAGUUUGUAAAUGAAACUUAUUGUUAUGGGAGAAAAAAGUCUAAACCUGCCUAAAGGCAUUUCAGGCAAGUUCAUUCCUCCACAGCGCUGUAAGAGACUCAUUGCAAGUUAUCGCAAAUGCUUGAUUGCAGUCGUUGCUGCUAAGAGUGGCCCAACCAUACAGCCAUAUGUGUUGGGUCCCGAAUCCGAUACGCAAGUAGAGACUGGACAGUCCGAAGCUUCUCAAGAAAAGAGGUUACUUUAAGACGUAUCUCAAUGGUAAGAAGCAGCUUUAGCAUUUUAGCUAUUUUUAGAGGUUUUCUACAGCAUGUGGGAAACGGCUAUUAGCAAGCCUGCUCCCCGUAUGCAAGCACACACAGCUCUAUGACUUACACAAAAUAAACACAGUUAGGACAGCAAUUAAUUGUUACUUACUGCUUGCUCAUUCCACAUGACCAAGUAACAUUAGAAAGGCAUCAGACUUCAGCAAGUUUGUCGUUAAAAUGCAUUUCUUUUGCUGAUAGGGAAUCAGGAACUCCAACCACUUGCCGUCUUUACGAAUUGUAAACAAAUGUGGAUUUGCUAGCAAGUAAACAGAGGAGCAGAGCUUGGGGAGGGCAGAAAGCUUAUCUGACUUAGACACGCCCAUAUAAGGAGGUCCGCUCUGUGACAUCACAAUGGGACAGUUUUACCACGCCUUUUGAACCCGAGCAUUUUGAGCCAUCCCAAAUUUCUUUUAGAGCUCACUUCCAAAUGCUUUUAAUAAUAAAAGGUUUCAUUUAAAAACUGCAUUUUGUGUUCAGUUGUGUUGUCAUGACCAUUUCGGCCUUUAAUGUGGUAGCUACACACAGAAAUCGUUUUUUUUAAAAAGCUUGUUUUCCAAGUUUUAAUCCCAAGAUUUGAAUCUUAAAACAUAAUUUUACCACAUAAUUCCUUUUUUGUACCACUUUUCAGGCAUUCAACUUUGGAUGUCCCAUUGUACUUGCAAUGCAGCAUGGGAGAUAACAGAGCACAACAACUUGAGGUAGAAAUUCAUAAUUUAUCAUAACCUCAUCAAACUCUUAUGUAAAGGCUGAGACACACCAUGAGCAACAGAAAGGGGGUCCUGGGAUUACGAACGAGUUCCGUUCCUACACUGUGAUGUAGUCAAGUUUUGAUGUAACAAAUGAGAACAAUGUGAAAUUUAAUUACAAAAAUGAAAGUGAUUUUAAAAAGCAGAACAAUCCCUUACCUUUAUCCCUGUGGUUUAGUGGGUAGAGGAAGUAGAAAAGGCAGGAGAAUAAAUAAAACCAGUUUUUAGCCCUUUCCUGUAUCAAAAUAAAUAAAGCUCACUGUCACUGUCGCUUUUAUGGGAGCCAAGAUUUUAACAUGCUCAAGGAUACAAUCUUUAUCUUUAAUAAUGUCCAACUGACAUUAUGAAAUAAAUCAAUAACAGUCCAACUGUUACAAGGUGCGGUCUUGGUUAGGUACUGCAUGGGGGAGACUAACCCUCGAAUACUGUCUAUUCCGCCCACUUCUUUCUCCACCGCUGCAAGCCACACCCCACAUAACACAUACUGUACACAUCCAUAGGCUAGCUAACAAUAGCGAUUUGGCAAAGUUUAGCUGCUAACAUGAAUGUAUAGCCAAUUCUACCACACAAUGACUCCAAACUGGUGUCGUAUAGUAUUUGUGUACACACCGUGAAUGCCAAUCCUUAUUUGGGUUGCGUUACAUUUUUACAAAGUUUACCUAUGAAUUAGAACAAAUAUAGACGUGAUCAUCCGCGGCACACGAGAUGCAUACUUGUAGCAUGCCGCGCAUAUUCACCCAUGUGCUGUAACUCGUUUUUAUGGGCCAAAAUUCAUUCACAAAAGCCAGUGUGUAACAACGGAACACCAUAAUCAACACAGUGGAUUGCCAUUAGUAUUUUUUUUCGUUAUUAUUAUCAACCCCACUGUUGUGUCCUUGAAGAGCCGUACCAGCAGCAGCAGUCUGCCAAGUUCAAGCUUCACUCCAUCUCCAGCACUUUAUGAUAAACAUGCAUUUUUUUUUGUCCAUGCUCAGAUUAUAUUUUAAGGACACGAGCCACUGUGUCUAGACUUGCAAAGUAUACCUCAAAAGAAGUGACUUGUCGCUGCUGUAGAAAGAUAUAUCACUUAUCAGCCAGGAUGUUACACCACCUCACACAGCUGGUGUUCCUCCCCUUCCCCCAUAUGUAUUGUUUCAUUUGUUUUUAGCUGUUUUGUAAAUAUUUUCAGUCUUGAAUUAGUUUUGGUUGUACUUUGCGGUGGAAAAACAACUUCUGCCAUAAAUUGUACAGAACUGGCAUCGAGAAACUGUGGUUUUUGGGCCUGACGUGAUUUCUCUGUCAUGAUUCCUUUUUUUUCUUAAAUAAACAUGCAUCAGAGAGAAUUAGAUAUAUUUUUUUCAGUCAUUUUAAACUACAAUGUUGUUUCUCACCGUAGGAUUCAGGGAUUUACUGCUGCUAUCCUUGUGAUCGUUCCCUCCCAGUGUUGAUCAAAUUCCGACAUCAUUCCGCUAAGUCGCCCUUGGUGGUGACAUUUGUUCUGUUCUUUUUUGUUGUUUUUUUUGUCAACAACUCAGGGAAGCAGCCUGGAUCUAAGCCUCGCCCUCUAACCUUCAAAUACCAAACAUAUCGACUGGCGAUAUCAAAAAACACAGCAUAUUGACACGCAAACAAGCAAGACAAAACACAAGCAGCAAUGAGAAAGAGGUUACAGUAUCAAAUGUGGUGUUAUACCAUGGUUAUCAUGCACUUUUUCCCUUGCUUGUUUUAUUAUUGUUCAGUGUUUUCUUCUUAAUUUAUGGUAUUUUGAAGACAAAAAGUGGUUUGUGUUCACUAAUAAUGUGUUUUUAAAAAUGAAACCAAUUCAUGAAUAGUGGUCUUUUCACUGGAAAUUACACAUGAUGUGUGAAACAGAAACAUUAAUAAUAUGACUCAAUGCAGUCAUGUUGAAUACGCAAAACUGGUAUGGAUUUACUUAGAAUGCUCUACAUUUUUAAAAUGUGGCACUGUGAGCCUCCCCGUAGAGAAUAUACUACAGUUAGGGCCUCCCCUAAGCCCUGAAAAAAGUUGGUUUUGGGAGCGUAUUGUAUCGCAUUAUCGUAUUUUCCGCUCACCCCAAACUCUUUUCUUACUCACUCCCUUAAAGGGGAACUGCACAUUUUUAUUUUGCCCAUCAUUCACAAUCCUUCACAUAUUUCAUAUCAUUCACAUAUUUCAUAUCAUUCACACAAGAAAAUGAGUCAAUAUGAGCUAGCUAACAAUGCACAUCAGUGGGACACACCUAUUUUGACUAUAUAAAAAACCUCUAACAACGUUGCAUCUUUUAAUAUACAAGCUGUGAUCAUGCAUUAACACGUACACUAAUGAUAAUAUGUAAUAGUUGCAGUAUCUUGCCAUAUAGACUUCGGUCAAGAGGCGGGGUACACCCUGGACUGGUAGCCAGCCAAUCACAGGGCACAUAUAGACAACAACAACCAGUCACACUCACAUUCAUACCUAUAUGGACAAUUUGGAGUCGCCAAUUAACCUAGCAUGUUUUUGGAAUGGGGGAGGAAACCGGAGUAUAACGCAUGCAUGCAGAAAACAUGCGUUUUCCACUCAUCCACCGUGCGGCCAUAAGGAUCAUGAAAGAUGGGCAAAAUUCCCCCAAAGUGCAGUACAGCCACUCAUUUUGCCUUUAACAUAACUGAAGCUAACUUGGCAGGUGUGAUUUUAUUUUUUAAGUGACUCCCCCUGAAGUCGUCUGUUCCUUCCAUUUUUCCUGCAUCACACUUUGAAAACCACAGCUCUCCGUGAUCCGUUACAAUGAUCACCAUGUUACAAUGGUGCAAGACAUUUGUUUUUUCACAAAAUUAUCCAAUCAUUUAUGGAUUGUUGUCAAAAUGAGGCCCUUUCCUGUGUUAUUUCCUGCCUAUUAACCAUAUUGACUUUAACUCAAAAAGUGGCAAAGCAAUUUUGAGAUUUACUGUGUAUUUCGACACAAAGGAAAACUAGAAGCUUUCGUCCUUAUGUGUAUUGGGUGCAAACAUGCAAAUGAAUAUGGGAAUAUGAGGAAAUCAAUGCAUUUCCAUGUUUUGCUGCCUCCUAAAAAGUCAAUCUGAAUGCCAAAAAACAUGCUGUAUCAUUGAGUGCGAGUAUCAGUGGUGAUGACAUGGUUUUGUCUUAAGGAUCAAUAGUCUUCGAUUAGGCCGAGGAACAAUGAAGUAAUGUUUGAAGUAAAUACCGUAUUUUCCGCACUAUAAGGCGCACCUAAAAUCUGAUUUUUUUUUAAAAAGCUGACUAUGCGCCUUAUAAUCCGGUGCGCCUUAUAUAUGGAUCAAUAUUGAGCCGCGACAGGUCUCGCACUUUACGGUAAGCAGCCACCGACUCCAUUUUUCCCGUAGAAGAAGAAGUGCGCUGUGCAUACUGGGAAAUAUUAAACAACGAUUCACUUUCAUUUGUGCGUUUGUAUAAAGACCCUGAAAUGGCUCCUAUUAAAAGACACGCUUAAACUCAGUUGGGUUUAAACUCAAGGCGAUCAGUCACGCAAUAGAACACGGAAAUAGAGCAGCAGCAAGAGAGUUUAACAUUAAUGAAUCGAUGGUGCGGAAGUGGAGGAAGCGUGAGAAUGAGCUGUGCCAAGUAAAGAAGACUAAACAAAGUUUCGUGGCAAUAAAGCGAGAUGGCUUUACCUCAGAGAAAAUAAUAAAACAGCUGUUUAUUCAUUUUGGGAGUGAAUGGAGUUGUGGAAAGCUUGUUUGUUAUCUAUUAAUAAAGUUUGACUGACCUAUUUUGUUGACAUUCCCUUUAGCGCGGCACCAUCUAAUGGUUGCAUAACGUAACUACAGCCUCUACUGUAGCGCCUUAUAAUGCGGUGCGCCUUAUGUAUGGAAAAAGUUUUAAAAUAUAUCAUUAAUUGAAGGUGCGCCUUAUAACACGGUGCGCCGUAUAGUGCGGAAAAUACGGUACUAAGUUAUGAUCAUCCAAAGAGGUUGGGAAAAGUAUUACACUGGUACAAUGUUGUUAAGCAAAUGCCCUCACUGUUCUAUACUGUUCAUGAUUCUGAAAGUGUUAAAAAAAAACAAAAACUCCCAAAAUGUGUUAAGAAAUGUUCCCAAUAGUUCCCACUUAUAUUUUUUCUUUUUUUUUAGAUGAAAAUAAAGACAAGUGAUUAUUCAAAACCCACUACAAUGUGUCCUCCCUCUGUUUAAGAGUGGUGCUUUUCAAAUAAAAGCAUAAUGGAUUAUAAAGGUACAUUAUAUAGAUAUACAUAUACACAUACCUUGUAUAUAUGUGUAUAUAUAUAUAUUUUAUAUAUAUUUAUAUAUAUAUAUAUACCUCAAAAACUACAUUAAAGCUGUAUGACUGAAAAAAGGGCUCACUCCGUUCAUGCCAUUGUUCUAUGGAACAAAUGCACCAAGGUGCUGAAACCAAUGCACAGAGUGAACGUUGAGUGCAUUGAGACAAGGAAACUAGACGCUUGUGCAAUGCAAUGUAAUGUAAAUGAUCAACUUCAUUUUCUAUUUAUUGU